CAGCGCCCUCUGGACUGCUCGACUACACUACAGCCGCAGCAGCAGCAGCAGCAGUAGCGUCUCUCCUGUCAGCACCGGGACUGCCUGUCCUCCAAGGCAGUAUUUACAGCAAUAAACAGUCACAUACAAAGAGCGACGACCUGCUGACAAAAUGGUGAACUUCACUGUGGAUCAGAUCCGCUCCAUCAUGGACAAGAAGUCCAACAUCAGGAACAUGUCUGUGAUUGCCCAUGUGGAUCAUGGGAAGUCCACUCUGACGGACUCACUGGUGUCCAAGGCAGGGAUCAUUGCUUCUGCCCGGGCCGGAGAGACCCGAUUCACAGACACACGCAAAGAUGAGCAGGAGCGCUGCAUCACCAUCAAAUCAACGGCCAUCUCUAUGUACUAUGAGCUCGGGGAUAAUGACCUAGCGUUUAUUAAGCAGUGUAAAGAUGGAAACGGCUUCCUCAUCAACCUCAUUGAUUCUCCAGGUCACGUUGACUUCUCCUCUGAGGUCACUGCUGCCCUCAGGGUGACUGAUGGAGCCCUGGUGGUGGUCGACUGUGUCUCAGGUGUGUGUGUACAGACAGAGACGGUACUAAGGCAGGCCAUAGCUGAGCGCAUCAAGCCGGUUCUGAUGAUGAACAAGAUGGACCGGGCCCUUCUUGAGCUGCAGCUAGAGCCAGACGAGCUUUACCAGACCUUUCAGCGCAUCCUGGAGAACGUCAACGUCAUUAUCUCUACCUAUGGAGAGGAUGAGGGCGGCCCUAUGGGGAACAUCAUGAUUGACCCUGUAGUUGGUACAGUUGGGUUUGGCUCUGGUCUCCAUGGCUGGGCUUUCACCUUGAAGCAGUUUGCUGAGAUGUAUGUGGCAAAGUUCACCAAAGAUCCUACCAGCCAACAAAAACAAAUGUCACCCGAUGAUAGGUGUAAAAAGGUCACGGACAUGAUGAAGAAACUGUGGGGAGACAGAUAUUUUGACCCAAAAGCUGGUAAGUUCUCUAAGACUGCUACGGGCCCAGAUGGUCAGAAGCUUCCUCGCACAUUCUGCCAGCUUGUUUUGGACCCCAUCUUUAAGGUGUUUGAUGCCAUCAUGAAUUUCAAGAAGGACGAGACAGCCAAACUCAUUGAAAAGCUUGAUGUCAAACUGGAUGCAGAGGACAAGGAGAAGGAGGGUAAGCCCCUGCUGAAGGCCGUGAUGCGCCGCUGGCUGCCUGCUGGAGAUGCUCUCCUCCAAAUGAUUACUAUCCACCUGCCAUCCCCCGUCACCGCACAGAAAUACCGCUGUGAACUGCUCUAUGAAGGGCCAGGGGAUGAUGACGCUGCAAUGGGUAUCAAAAAUUGUGAUCCAAAAGCUCCUCUGAUGAUGUACAUUUCAAAGAUGGUCCCCACCAGUGACAAAGGUCGUUUCUAUGCUUUCGGACGUGUCUUCUCCGGUGUUGUGUCCACUGGUCUGAAGGUGCGCAUCAUGGGGCCAAACUUCAUCCCUGGCAAGAAGGAGGAUCUCUACCUUAAACCAAUCCAAAGGACUAUACUGAUGAUGGGCCGGUAUGUGGAGCCAAUUGAAGAUGUUCCAUGUGGCAACAUCGUAGGUCUUGUUGGAGUAGACCAGUUCCUAGUUAAGACAGGAACCAUCACCACCUUUGAACAGGCCCACAACAUGAGAGUGAUGAAGUUCAGUGUCAGUCCUGUGGUUAGAGUCGCUGUGGAGGCCAAGAACCCAGCUGACCUGCCCAAGCUGGUUGAGGGUCUGAAGCGUCUUUCCAAGUCUGACCCCAUGGUGCAGUGCAUCAUUGAGGAAUCUGGGGAGCAUAUCAUCGCCGGAGCAGGAGAGCUCCACCUGGAGAUCUGCCUCAAGGAUUUGGAGGAAGACCACGCCUGCAUUCCACUAAAGAAAUCAGACCCAGUUGUGUCUUACAGAGAGACAGUGAAUGAGGAAUCAGACCAGAUGUGUCUGUCCAAGUCCCCCAAUAAGCACAAUCGUCUCUUCAUGAAGUGCCGUCCGUUCCCUGACGGUCUGGCUGAUCAAAUCGAUGCUGGGAAAAUCAGUGCUCGGCAAGAGGUAAAAGUUCGUGCUCGUGAACUUGCCGAACAAUAUGAAUGGGAGGUGGGAGAAGCCAGGAAGAUCUGGUGCUUUGGACCAGAGGGCACAGGGCCCAACCUGCUGAUUGACGUGACUAAGGGAGUUCAGUACCUGAACGAGAUCAAAGACAGUGUGGUGGCUGGCUUCCAGUGGGCGACCAAAGAGGGGGCUCUAUGUGAGGAAAAUAUGCGUGCCAUUCGCUUUGACAUUCAUGAUGUGACACUGCACGCUGAUGCCAUCCAUCGUGGUGGAGGACAGAUAAUCCCCACAGCCCGCAGAGUUCUUUACGCCUGCCAGCUCACUGCUCAGCCACGACUCAUGGAGCCUGUCUACCUGGUGGAGAUUCAGUGCCCAGAGCAGGUGGUUGGCGGGAUCUAUGGUGUGCUGAACAGGAAACGAGGCCACGUGUUUGAGGAGUCCCAUGUGAUGGGCACUCCCAUGUUCGUGGUGAAAGCCUACCUCCCCGUCAACGAGUCCUUCGGAUUCACAGCUGACCUUCGUAGUAACACUGGAGGCCAGGCCUUCCCUCAGUGUGUAUUUGAUCACUGGCAGGUCCUCCAGGGUGACCCCUACGACCCCAUAUCCAAACCUGCCCAGGUUGUCGCCGAAAUUAGGAAACGCAAAGGUCUUAAAGAGGGCAUUCCUGCCCUUGACAACUAUUUGGACAAACUUUAAAAAAAAGAAUUAAAAAUUACCAAGAUGAUAAAAUACCAAAUCAAUCUCCAAACCCUUCCCCAUGGGAACUUUAAUAUCUUUGCACAGGCUUAAAGAUGCAUUGCACAAAUUGUUUUGACUUUGAGUCCAGAGCAGAAACAAAGCUGAAACCUUUGUUGUAAGCUAGUGGAAGCAACAAUGCUUUUUCAUUUCACAGCUAUAGUACACUAAGUGCCUAGGGUGAGGGCUUUGGGGAGCAAUUAGAUCAAAGUUUUUCUUGUUUCUUCCAUUUUUCCACAUCAACCCACUCAUCUGUCAGGAUGGGCAUAUACAGUGCACUGUGAUACUGCUGCUGCAAUAAUGAACAUAUAAAGGGACCGUGGCCAGAUUAAACCAUGGAAACCACAAAAAAAGUGUUGCAGAAAUCAAUCUCUGGGUUGGACCUCUGUUCAGUGGCUGUAAUUAAUAAAACACAUUCAGUUCAUGAUGAAAA